AUGUCGACAACCGAAACCAAACUCAAGACCAAGACCAAGACCAAGGUCACGGCCAAUGGCCCUCGUGACACCGCACACACGAUGCACAAGGAAAACUCGUCCAUGUUUCGCCUAACCACGCAGCUCAUGCAGCAGAACCGUCCGCAGGUGUUUGUCAACAUCGCGCUCGCCUUCAUCUUUCUCGCCGACUUCUUCUUGACGAGCUUCAACCUCUGUCAUCGUCUUCUCAUCAAGCUGGGCAUCAUCAAGCCCUUGCCCGAAAACUGCGUUCCCCCAGCCUUCUCGCCUACCAGCCCUCCGCCUUUCGCGCAGUGGCCCUUGACACACAUCUACUGCCGAUUGAUCCACGUAUAUAACCUGCUGACCGACUACAACGAAGAUGUGAGGCUGCAUCACGAUCUGUACUGCCGCAAGCCCAGGAACGACUGGAUUCGAGACUGGGCUUACUGGGAUGGGAUCGGAUACAAGGGCGAAUUUGGCGCACCGUACGCUGCGACGGACAGGGACAGCCGCUGCCCCUGCCCCGGGCUGAAUGUACUGGCCACCCACGGACUGGUUCACCAGACUGGUCGCAAGAUUGCUGCGUCCAAGAUGGUCGUGGCUCUGUCGCGAGCAUACAACAUCGCACCUACCAUGGCGUUGCAGCUCUACUCUCCGCUUUUCCCCGUGUUCAGCGAUCGCGGCCACAUUCUCGACCUCGAAGAUAUUGGCAUUGCCAACAUCAUCGAGCACGACGCGAGCCUGUUGCGCCCGGACUACCACCUGGCCGACCGCAAGGGCGACCCCACCGCAAUGUCGCGACCGCAUCAGGACAUGAUCGAUCGCUGGUUCCCUGCUCACGACAAGCACGGUAAAGUGAAUCCCGACCUGACCGACCGCGACUUUGCUGAGGCGUUGUGCAUCCGCCGCACCGAGUCGCGCAAGCACAACCGCCAGUACAGCUCCAAUGUGGUGCAGAGUCUCAUCGGGUCAGGAAGCUGCUGUUUGAUGCUCAACGUGUUUGGCGGUAAAGUUCUGGACCUGCGCGAGAUGGCAGGUAGCGUCGAUCGUGACUUGCCAGGUAUCCGGACUACCGAGACGGGUAAGAGAUACGGAUACGAAAGGAUCCCCGCUAGGACGAUCAAGGGCAAGCAGGGUGCCGAGGGCUGUCCCGUCGCCUCUUCCAGCUACAAGCAGAAAUGGCAGCCAGCAACAGGCAAGUGGUGGUACGGUAUGACUAUCAUUCAAGCGCUUUGGACGACGUUCAAGAUCGAGAUGCGUGCAAGGGCAUGA